AUGUCGGAUUCUCACGCAUCGACUGAUGUCGAGGGCUCUCUGAGAGAUGAACCCAAACGACUGGAAGAAGGUACCGUCGACAGUGAAAUUAGCGAGAAGACUGUAGAUGCGCCAGCUCCUCCUCCAGCUGCACCGGUUGGCCCGCAGCCUCUGCCCGCGGUCCAGCUGUGGACAAUCGUUGCUGCGGUUUCGCUGGCUGGUUUCAUCUAUUCCAUGGACGUUGCAAUUAUUACAACUGCCAUUCCCGCCAUCACCACUCAUUUCCAGACCAUUAAAGAUAUUGGUUGGUAUGGAAGCGCGUACCUUAUUACAUUAUGUGCCUGCGCACCCAUCAUGGGCAAGAUUCUCCAAAACUACUAUUCGAAGUACGUUUUCUUCGCAUUUGUGGUUGUCUUCGAGGUCGGCUCCCUGAUCUGUGCAUUGGCGCCUACGUCAACUGCAUUCAUCAUUGGCCGAGCAAUCGCUGGUAUCGGAGGUGCUGGCCUCUUCAAUGGAGGCCUGGCCAUCGUCGCAGCCUCCUCUACCAAAGAGCAACGUCCUGGUCUCGUUGCUCUCGUAUACGCAUUCUCUCUACUCGGAUCAGUUAUCGGUCCCAUCAUCGGAGGUGUCUUCACGGAGAAGGCUACUUGGAGAUGGUGCUUCUACAUCAACCUCCCGCUUGGUGCCGUUACCCUCGGCGCCAUCAUGCUCAUCCGCGUCCCAGAUAUCCGAGACAAGACCAAGAAAGCCAAAACCUUCUUGGAAGCUAUGAACCGUCUUGAUCCUAUCGGAUUCGGUCUCUUUGCACCAACCUGCAUUAUGCUUUUGAUGGCCCUCCAGUGGGGUGGUACCACAUACGCUUGGGGUUCAUCCACCAUCAUCGGUCUUUUCGUCGGCUUUGGAGCUAGUUUGAUUGUCUUUAUCUUCUGGGAAAGACGUCGCGGAGAUUCUGCCAUGAUUCCGGGAUCAAUCAUGAAGCAGAGCGUCGUUUGGUCCUCGUGCGUUAUCAACAUGACCCAGUUCGCCUCUCUCUGGAUCUUUUCGUACUACUUGCCUGUCUGGUUCCAGACAGUCAAGGGCAACUCUCCAAUUACCAGCGGUGCCUACUACAUGGCCACUGCCGCACCGAUCAUCGUCAUCACGAUGACCACCGGAUUUAUCGCCAAGAAACCAAACACCUCACUAUUCAUGUUCGUCGGAAACUCCAUCGCGGCGAUCGGUGCGGGCCUUAUGACCCUCUUCGUCCCCUCCUCUUCCACCGGAGUCUGGAUUGGCUACCAGGUCCUAUCUGGUUUCGGCCGUGGUAUCACCCAACAGCAACCUAUCCUCGCCGUGCAGCAGGGUCUUGAGCCCACCAAGAUCCCCAUCGGCGUGGCCAUGGUUCUUUUCGGACAAUUCUUUGGAGGAGGUGUCUUCCUUGCCCUUGCAGACACAGAUCUCUCUAGUACUUUGCUGUCUGCACUCCCAGAGUAUGCUCCCAGCGCCAAUAUCACCGCGAUUAUUGAAGCCGGUGCUUCAGGCGUAAGAAAUGUUGUUACUGCUGAGGAACUACCUGGCGUGAUUUUGGCUUAUAACAAAGCCAUUGACAACGUCUUUUAUUUGGGUACCGCUACCUCUGCAUUUGCCGCAGUAGUAGCUCUAUACAUGCUCUUUGAGCAUUUCCAGGUUUCGAAGCGUACCAAGGAGGCCGAGAGCGCAUAA